AUGAGCAGCAUCGACUCCCUCCUCAACCACGAGGCUGCCCCCGAGCGGCGCCCGUCGGUUACGCAGACCAUGACGACGACAACUGAAGCUGCCGAUGCCCUGACGACGCUGGCGACGCUGGGCAACGGCAAGCAAUACGCCCCGAGAGAACUUCCCUCCCCCACGGCCUUUUCGACGGCUCCGCGACGCACCAGCAGCAUCGGCUCUCUCCACGCGCCAGUCGAGCCCUCGCCGCCCGUCGAACCGCCCCAGGCCCACUCGCCGACGCUCGAGCAUUACCACCAUGGCUCUAAUUCGCCCGAAGAGCAGAAGCGGCGGCAGUCCCAACUCUCGCGGACCUCGCCUGCGCCCGUCCUCGCUCCUAUCCAAAAUUUGUCCACGGCGCUGCAGGAGCAGAUGCAGGACGAAGCUGCCAUGGAUGACGCGGAGCCUGCAGUGCGCGACACGCUGCCUUUUAUCAAAAAUGAGCCCUCGGCCACCCCGCGCGAAAGCACGCCGCCAGCCCAGGACCGACAACCCGAGCUUUCCGCCGACACCAUAGACAACGCAGAGUCGAGACGGAAGAUGGCGCGCGUCUCCGUCACGCCUACCGCGCGCGCGUCGAGGCCGCCCAAGCUGAAAAAGGGCACGCCCGCUCUCGAAUCCUCGCCCGCGCCCGACAACUGCUCGCAAACCCACGCGACCGACGAAGACGACUCAUCCGAGGACCAUAACCUGUACUGUCUGUGCAAGAAGCCGGACAACCACAAGUGGAUGAUUGGCUGCGAUGGCGGGUGUGACGACUGGUUCCACGGCGACUGCGUUAAUAUGAAGCAAGCGGACGAGGAGCUGGUCGACAAGUUCAUAUGUCCGCUGUGUGAGGAGAAUGGCAAAGGCCACACCACCUGGAAGCCAAUGUGCAGACGGGAUGGCUGUCGGAAGCCGGCGCGGUUGGCCAAGGACAGGGUGAGCAAGUACUGCACGGACGAGUGUGGCGUGCUCUUCAUGUCGGAGCAGCUACAUCGGACGGCGGGUGCAAAGGCGACGAAUGGGACGAAAAAGAAGAAGAAGAAGACGGACGAGGAGGACGAGGAGCCAACGCCGCUCGGGGGGACGCUGCGAGCAAAGGAUCUUAAGGCGCUGGUCGAUGCAUCACCAAACAUUCAGGCAUUCAAGAAUCUCGGCACUGGCGUCCUCACCCCUCCGCAGACAGCUUCUCCGUCACGCGCGACGUUCCCAUCCAACGGCGAGGACCUUGCGUUGACUGCGGGCGAGAUUGAGCGGCUGACCGCGUUGCACAAGGAGAAGUCACAACUCAAAGACCGACUGGAGGUGCUCAAGGACCGCGAGAAGUUUGUCAGCAUGGCAAAGGAACAGGCUGUGCGUCUGGCGGACCGCGAGAAGCUCAAGAUGAAGGACUUUUGCGGCUACGACUCGCGGCUGAGCUGGUCCGACGCAGAGUUUCUCCUGUGGCGGAACAGCAGACACGGGCGUGCAGCAUUUACCCACUCGACGCUGUCCCCGACCGACGAGCAAAUUUCCGCCACCGACGGUGAUGCAAUCGACAUGGAUGUCGAGGCCAAGGAGACGGCCUGUCUUAAGAAGCGCUGCCAGAAGCAUCCUCAAUGGCAGAAGCUCAAUCUCCAGGACGCCCGCUUUGAGGAGCUGGAGGUCGUCGAGGCCAUUCGCGAGUGCGAAAAGGAGGAGCGCUCGGUGCGUGAGCGUGCGAGGCGGCGGGGCGCAAAGGACGGUCUCGCAAAGGAGCUCAUCGCCGACGACGGCUCUAGGGAGGAGCGCAACAGAGAGGGCUGGGUUGAGGUCGUCGGGUCAUGA